UGCUUAGUUAUGUAAGUCUGAUGUUGGAAUUAUGAGUCCUUAACAUAUUUUUUCCCAAAUUCUCUUGGGUAGAAGACUUUGAUUUUCCAAAUGAAUUUUAUUAUGAUGUGGUCAGUUGUCUAAAAGAAGCCAGAUGGAAAUCUGAUGCAAAUCAUGAUGAAACUAAAGCUAAUUAGAGGACUAUCUAUGGAUGCAAGUUUAAGGGAAGAAAAGGAAUGAGAAUCAUUAAAAGAAAGUGGGAGGUCAGGAAGAGAACGUGGAAAGAACAUCCAUAUUUGACUCUGAAUUUCAGGUGAUGAGGGACACCCAAAUAAGAUGUCCAGUAGGUAGCUGGAAGCCUGUAAUAGGGGUCUAGAAGAGAGCUAGGAACUGGGAAGGCAGGCAGCAUUAGGGCAUUGCAAGUCAAUGAGAUCUGUGACAGAGCAAAAAGGGAUGCUGUGGGGCCUGAGUGCCUGCAAUGUCCAUAAUGAGAAGGAAGGGAAAGAAAUCAGUAAUGAGGGGCCAGAAACGUGAGGGGCACGUCAGGCUGGCCUGAGACCAGGGAAGCCACGGGGAGAGAAAGUGGGCAGAAGUGUAGCUUCCUUCAGAGAGUUUGAAGUGAGGGAGGGCUGGGAGGAAUGGCCAUUUCUGUUUGACCAGGGACCCUCUGCACCCUGAGAAUAACACCUGCAUGGAAAAUUCACAGCACACUCAGAGUAACGCCUGUAUGGAAGAGGGAUGAGAGACAGUGUGUGGAGCUGCCUGGGUUCUCUUGAACCCACUCACUGGGACACAGACCCUAUUGGAGCCGAGGCAGGGCUUGUUCUCACAGCUCUCUUUCCUCCUUCAGGUCUGUGUGCUUCGCAGGUGCCUGCCCUUUCCCAGGCUGGGAAGUCAGGAGACCAGGCAGCAGCUGUGCUUCAGAUGGUCAGGCCCCAGGUGUCUGCAGCGUACGAGUUCCUGUCUGUGGACUAUACUGAGAGGAAGUGGAAAGGUCCGGCAGUCGGUCAGAGAGCCAUGUACCGGAGCAUCAUGCCGGGAAAUUAUUGCAGCGUGGCCUCAUUGGGUGACACUAGGAUGCGGUGUUCAGAGUUGCCUGUGAAGCUGGCAGUUUCUAAGGGACCAGAGUCAUCUGAUGGGACAUCAAGAGGGCUCUCUGCAGUAGUUUCUGGGGAACCAGAGGCAGGAGCUGCCUGUGAAGAUACUUCAGAGAAGCUGGAAGGGCAACCCUCAGAUGAAGAAGGGAGCAGACUGGAAAAUGCUUUCUUCAAAAUAACACAUGAGGACAAAGAUAAAUUCACAAAAGGUGGAUGUGAUGAAUAUAAAGAACUUGGGAAGCAUCCACACCUGUCCCCUAGUGCUGCAGCACAUCAAAGAGUACUGAAGGGACAGAAAUUAUAUCAAUGUGAUGAAUGUGGUAAAGCUUUCAAUUGGAGUUCACACCUCAUUGGGCAUCAGAGAAUCCACACAGGAGAGAAACCCUAUGCAUGUAAUGAAUGUGGUAAGACCUUCAGGCAGACCUCUCAGCUCAUCGUUCAUCUCAGAACCCACACGGGGGAAAAGCCCUAUGAGUGCAGAGUGUGUGGAAAGACUUACCGACAUAGCUCCCAUCUUAUUCAACACCAGAGACUUCAUAAUGGUGAGAAACCAUAUAAAUGUAAUGAAUGUGGAAAAGCUUUCAAUGAGAGUUCCAAACUUUUUGACCAUCAGAGAACCCAUACUGGGGAGAAACCUUAUGAAUGCAGUGAAUGUGGGGCUGCCUUCAGUCGGAGUAAAAAUCUUGUCCGUCAUCAGGUACUUCACACUGGUAAAAAACCUUACAGGUGUAGUGAGUGUGGGAAAGCUUUCUGUUCUAAUAGAAAUCUUAUUGACCAUCAGAGGAUCCACACAGGGGAGAAACCUUAUGAGUGUAAUGAAUGUGGCAAGGCCUUCAGUCGGAGUAAAUGUCUUAUUCGACAUCAGAGCCUCCACACUGGAGAAAAACCAUACAAAUGUAGUGAGUGUGGGAAAGCCUUCAGUCAGAUCUCUCAACUUGCUGAUCAUGAGCGAAUUCAUACUGGAGAAAAACCUUUUGAAUGUAAUGAGUGUGGUAAGGCAUUCAGUUUGAGUAAAUGUCUUAUUCGACAUCAGAGACUUCACACAGGUGAAAAGCCAUAUAAAUGCAAGGAGUGUGGAAAAUCCUUCAACCAAAACUCAUACCUCAUUAUACACCAAAGAAUUCACACUGGUGAGAAGCCGUAUGAAUGUAAUGCAUGUGGGAAGGUCUUCAGUCAUAAUUCUAGCCUUAUGGUUCAUCAAAGAACCCAUACUGGGGAGAAACCGUAUAAAUGCAACAAUUGUGUGAAGGCCUUUAGUGACAGCUCUCAGCUCACUGUGCACCAAAGGGUUCACACUGGAGAGAAGCCCUAUGAAUGUAUUGAGUGUGGGAAAGCCUUCAGUCAGCGUUCCACUUUUAAUCACCAUCAGCGAACUCAUGAUGGCGAGAGGCACUCAGCUCUGGCCCACACAGUUUGUUAAGACAUGAUUUUCUAAGAUAGAGCAAGAAACUUGAGUUAAACUUUCAUUGUAAGAAAGAUACUCUGAUCUCCUCUUGGAAUCAUUAAUCAAGGAGGUUUAUUCCUUGUAUUCUUUCUGCUGGGUUAUGAAGGUAGGAGAGUCAUAGUACCAUUUUUCCCUACUAUGAAUGAAGUAAGGACUACACAUUUCAUGUGCUUAUAGGUCAUUCCCUCCCUACAUUCUUUUCUCCCUCCUACUCUCCCUCUCUCCUCUCUUUUUUGUUUAAAAUGUGUCUCUGGUUUUAGUUAUGAAUCCCAUAAUCAAAUUUUAUGCUUCUCAAGGACAGUGGUUAUAUGCUUCUUUUUUUUUUUUCCAGGUAAUUCUUUUCACAGUUGCAUAAAGUCAUUCUCCAAUGCUCUGGUUCCUAUCUUGUGAAUGGCCUUUUAAAAAGUUUCAUUAUAAUCUAGAUCCUCAUCACUUGUAUUUCCUGUCUAGAGAACCUUUUCUUCUUGUUUGCUAAUUUUUGUCCCUCAGACUGUUUAAGAUCCAGCUCAUCUCAGAAAGACUUUUUUCUUAAAAUGCUUUUUUCCUUCCUCUUAAACUUCCAUUGACUUGACCUCAAUGCUUAAAAUUAGUCUGUUACAAUUAGUAGUUGUUAUUAAAUUGCACUGAGAACAGUUGUCAAGGCAUAUGUGUAUACUUCAUCCCAACUUAAUGCAAGUUCUUUGAGUUUUGGUAUGGUAUCUAUGUCUUUUAGCAUAUAGUUAAUAAUUUUCAUAGACUAGUUUAAGUUUUUCAAACUCACUCUCCAACCAUUCUUAAUCUGGGCAUGUACUCCCUUCUGCCACUAGACCUAAAACUUGUAAAGAUGGACACCAUAGGAUACCACAUACAAAGGCCUUGUUCAUGUCUUCUACAUAUGCCUCUGGGAAUGUUAAUUCUGGUACCUCAGCCUCAACUAAUAUUUGUGCUUGAGCAUGCAUCUGUGUGUGAACCUGUAUAUCCAGGAUUUAGAGUCAGCAGUUGUUCCACUGAUAAGUGCUUUUAACCUGCUUUCUGUGGUUUGAUUCAUAGAGACUCUGAUUUCCAUAUCAAGUAGUUCAAUCUACCUGUAACUGCCAUCUAAUACCAAGUUGAGAGGAGUACAGUUUAUUAUUAUAAUUAUCUUCCAGGCCAUCUUUCAUUCCCCAUAAAGUUAAGAAACAGGAAGUCUUUUCAGAAUCCUAUAGUCAUGUAUGAGACAUUAGCUUAAACACCUCUCUUCCAAUCCUUGCAGGAGUGCCCCAUUGUUGGGAGCCUUUGCCUCUGGUGUCUGCCCCUUUUCUCUUAGCAGGACAGUAGGAUUGACAGUGUAGCAGGGGAGAAGGUUAGAAGCGCAAUGUCAGAUAUGUAAACUUCAGGGGAGAGAUGAUUGUGAGCUCCAAUUUAUGUCUGAAAUAGUGGAGAAGAAAGAGAAGAGAAUUGAGGCUCAAGAAAAUAAGAAUUGGAUGUGAUUUGGGGGGAGGCACCUCAGAAAAGAUUAGGAAGAAUGUGUAUUGGGGAGGUCUAUAAAAACUGAAACAAGGACACAACUAGAAAUUUGCCAUUUGUAAAUAAAUGUUUUAAAUUUCUGUUUUCAGAUAUAUUUAUAAGAUCUACAUAUAGGACUUACCUAAAAAUGUUUUAUCUUGGGAGCACCUGUAUUCUGAGAAGGAGCCCAACCCCAUAUUAGCACAUGGACCCAUGCCUCCACUGUGAUUUGCACCUUACUGGUCAGAACCCCUUGCCUAUUGGAUGCUAUAAUUUUACCUUCUGUUUGUUCUUUGCUCAUUGUCCUACCAUUCUGUGUCUGGAGGGGGAAAGCCAGCUCUAUUCAUAAGUAUGUUACCCUUUACCACCAGUGUGGUGUAGGUUUUCAUUAAGAAUGAAUGUCCUAAAAAAAAAAAAAAAAAGUGAAUGUCCUUACUUCCUGGAAAAGUAUUCAGGAUCAUGUAUGGAGGAAAAUGGUCUAUAUAUGAAAGCCACAGCUCAAUUUCUAUUGGUUAUUGCUAGUAUUAAAAAAAUUACUGAGUUCUAAAAAUUUUAUCUGGAUCCAAUUGCCUUGCUAAAUUAUUUUUACUUUUAAUAGUUUUUUUUUUUAGUUUCAUUUCCUAACUUGUCCUAGUAUACAACAAAUAAUAGUACUUUCUUCAUUUCCAUUCUGUAUGUCAUUUAAGUUGUGUGAUAACAAAACUUUUUUAUUUUAUUUUUUUAAGAUUUUAUUUAUUUAUUCAUGAGAGACACAGAGAGAGAGAAAGAGAGAGAGGGGCAGAGACAUAGGCAGAGGGAGAAUCAGGCUCCACGCAGGGAGCCAGACGUGGGACUCGAUCCCGGGUCUCCAGGAUCAGGCCCUGGGCUGAAGGCGGCACUAAACCGCUGAGCCACCCAACAAACAAAACUGUUUUAAAGAAACAUUUUGAAUAGUGAACAGCAGAUAUUCCAUGUCUUCUUCCUAACUUUCAAGGGAAAUGUUUUGGCAUUUUGCAAUUGCAUAUAGUGUUCACUCUCAUUGUUGGUUGCUGUUAAAUGCUCUUGUGUUUAGGAAAUAGUCUUGUAUUAUUGUUUUAUAAAGAAAUAUAGUAGUUAAGAGCCCAGAUUUUUUUGCUUGUACCCUAGCUCAGUUCCUGGCUCCACCACUUUCUUAGGUGUGUGGCCCUGGGCAAGUCACUUAGCUUCCCUGUGUCUCAGUUCUUCCAUCUGUAAAGUGGAGCUACCUCAUAAGUUUGUGACGAUAAAAGUAGUUCAUAACUAUAAGGCACUUAAAAUAGUGCUUGUUAGUACCCACUAAAAUUACUACACUUAGAGUUUUUAUUAGGUUGGUGGUUAAGUUCUAUCAAGGUCAGUUGUUUGUUGGUUUGUUUUUUUUUUUUCAUUCUAAAAAUCAAAUUUAUUUAGUCAUAAAGUAUGUGUAACAAACUGCAUUUAUUUAAAGUAUACAAUUGAAUGAGUUUUGAUAGGUGACUCCAUGUUGAAAACCAUCUCCACAAUCAAAAUACAGAACAUUUGCAUCAUUCCCAGAAGAGCCCCUUUGAUAGUGCAUUCCUGCCCUGGCCCCAGCCCCAGGUAACUACUGAUCUGCUUUUUUGUCACUGUAGAUUUGUUUUCAUUUUCUAGAAUUUUAUAAAAAUGGGUAUAUCUCUAUUAAUGAAAACUGGGGAAUGUGCUCUGGCAUGUGCUGGGCUUCUCCACCUGGGCUCCUUUGUGAAGGCUUGAGGGAGCAGGUAUGACUGGGGCCACCAGGACAUUGUAGGCUGUUGGAAUUCUUGAGAGGAGUUUAGGUCUGGAUGGUACUGGCACCAUAAGAAGGGUCUGGAUGGUAAUGGCACCAUAAGAUAGGAAGAACUAGGAAAUCAAAGUAAAUCUGGGAAGACAGGAGGAUAUCUAGUAAUGAUAACUGACUCAUAUCUGUCUACAUAGUUUCUGAAACAGGCAAAGAUGUAAUUAGGCAAUCAAUCAUAUGAUAAUAUAAUAAUCAGGGAGCUUGGGAAGGUGGUGGAGUAGGAGGACCCUGGACUGCCAUGUUUUCAACUAGAUAUUAUCCACAUCCAAGUCAAUAAACGUAGAGUGAUCUGAAGGGUGGUGGAACAAACUCCAUAACUAAACAUAGAGAAUAAGUUGCAUCUGAAAGGUUAGGAUGGUCAGAAAGGUGGAGGAAGGCUGCCUGGCAGGAGUGACGGAGCUGCACGCACAAAGAGGGCAGAGAAGUGGGCACUUGUACCUGGAAGCUCACAAGAAGACUGAUCCCCAUAGCACUUGGCUUUAAAAACCAGGGGAGCUGAAUUGUGUGUUUGUAAAACCAGCGGGACUUGUAAUGAGCUUUUGAAGCAAGCUGAUUAAACAUUGGACAAGCUGGGAGGCCAAGUGAUAGCUGAGUGCUAUCCUUAGAAAGACAGCAGCCUGUGCAGAGAGGAAUGUAAAAGCAGUUUACACAACCCCAGGGGCAAACAGGAGACAUCAGUUCAUAUUGACUUCGGAGUGUUUGGGAGACUGAAAACAAAGGACCUAGCAGGGGCCAUUUUCCUCCACUACCCCCAGUAUAAGCAUGGGGACACCUAGGGGAGGUAGGAUGGCAUAGACACUUAGACUACCUAACCUAGCAGUAUGCUAUGCCCAAGUUCUCCUGAGGAUUUGCCCCCUCCAAGCCUGCUAGUCUUGGUCACAGAAUCAGGGCAAAUUUUGUUAAACUGUAUGGGUACCCAGCCACCAGGUGCACGGCUGCCACCUUGUGCCAUGCAUAUCUGCCAUGCCUGACCAGCUGUCUGCCUCCAGCCAUCCUCAUGUGUCUCACCUAGCGACACACCCCCAGCCACAAUUGCAUGCUGUGCCGGCAUGACUGGCUGUGCACUCCCUGGCCUAGUGCCACUAGGCACCAUCGUAUACCACACCUACUUGCAUCUCUGCAAUUAUGUUCCCUAGUUGCAAUUAUGGCUGCAAUUAUGCAAUUAUGUUGCAUAUUAUGUUCCCUAGUUGCAGUCACACACCUUGUGCAGUCACACACCUUACAAAGCCACCAGGAACACAGCUUCUGCCUAGCCCAACUACUGCAUCAAGGCCAACCACCACACCACACCCAGCUGUACAUUCCUAUCCACAGCAGUGCCUCAGGGGAUCCUGCAAAGGACUAGUAGCUCAUUGCAAGUUUUGCUAACAUUAUCAUCCUUCUCCCAAGUUCCCUGGUGGGAGCAGAGCUGGCCUGCUUGGGUUCCACUAACCCUGCAGAGCAAGCACAGCCCACAACAGGGUCAGUUCAGAUGAAUGAAAAGGAAAAGUGACUUAGACACAACAGCAGGGUGUAAGCAAUGCACAAGGAUACUCUCCUGAGGUGCCAGGUUCUGGUAAACGGGACACUGCCUUCCAGGAUACUCCAGGAACUCUUUUUCAUAAAGUCACUACUUUGAAGAACAGAAGACACAGUUGACCUUCUUAACACAGAAAAAGAGAUACAGAGAGGCAGGCAAAAUGAGAGAAAAAUUUGUCCCAAAUGAAAGGACAAGGUCACAACCAGAAAUCUAGGCAAAAGUAACAUGCCUAAUAAUAAAGAAUUUAAAGCAAUAAUCAUAAGUAAAUUCCCUGGACUUGAGAAAAGAGUUUAAGACAUGAGUGAGGCUAUUAAUACAGGAAUAACAACAUAGUCGAGAUGAAGAACACAAUAAGUCAAAUGAGAAACACUUGAUGGAAUGAACAGCAGGAUGGAGAAGAAGAGGAACAAAUUAGUGACCUGGAAGACAGAGUAAUGGAAAAUUAGCUGAACAAGAGAGAGAGAAAAGAAUUAUGCAAAACAUGAAUAGACUCAGGGAACUCAGUGAUUCCAUCAAAAUAACAUUUGUACUAUAGGAGUCCUAAGGAAGAAAGAAAAGGGGGCAGAAAAUUGACUUGAAGAAAUAAUAGCUAAAAAAUACCCUAAUCUGGGAAGGAAACAUAUCCAGAUCCAGGAGGCAUGGAGAACCCCCAACAGAAUCAACAAAAGCAGACCAACACCAAGACAUAUUGUAAUUAACUUUGCAAAAAAUAGUGAUAAAAAAUGUUAAAAGCAGCAAGACAAAAUAAAUCAGUAACUGACAAGGGAAAGCCCAUAAGGCUAGCAAGAGAUUUUUCAACAGGAAUUCUGCAAGCCAAAAGGGAAUACCAUGAUAUAUUCAAAGCGCUGCAUGAGAAAAAACCUGCAGCCAAGAUACUCUAUCCAGCAAGGUCAUUCGGAACAGAAGGAAAGAUAAAGAGUUUCCCAGACAAACAAAAACUAAAGGAGUUCCUGACCACUAAACCAGCUCUACAAGAAUUCGUAAAAGGGACUUUAAGUGGAAAGGAGAGACCAGGGAGAGGGUUAAGAUGGUGGAGAAGUAGGGCAACCCUAACUUGCCUCCUCCCUUGAACACAGCUAGAAAAAUAUCAAAUCAUUUUGGACACCCAGGAAAUUGAAAUGUAGACUGAGGGAACAAAGCUGCAUGUCGAUAAGCAGAAAAAAAGGGGCCACCUUGUGGGAAGUAGGAACUGCAGAGAGUUGGUUUGGAGUAGAAAAGAGCCACAGACAUUGCGGAGGGGAGGGAGGCCUGACUGCAGAGAGAGGAGAAAGAGUGAAAACAUGGGCAGGAGAUUACACAAGAAAAAAUUCUUCCCAAAACCAUUGACUGGGAAAAAGAGGAUUUAAAUACAAGUUUAAAAAUAAAAUAAGAAAUAGGGGUGCCUGGGUGGCCCAGUUGGUUGUCUGCCUUUGGAUCAGGUCAUGAUCCCAGGGUCCUGCGCCUGCUUUGGACUUCCAGCUCAGCAGGAAAUCUGUUUCUCCCUCUCCCUCUGCCUGGCACUCCUGCUUGUGUGCACGGUUUCUCUGUGUGUCAAAUAAAUAAACUUUUAAAAAAUAAAAUAAUAAAGUAAUUAACUGAUGUUUUUAUAAACAGA